ACGGAGGCAACCCAUGAUCGCAGACUCAACACGCAUCCUCACACCACUGACCUGGGCUUAGCUGUGUCCUGCAUGUGUGUGCAUGUGUGUGCGUGUGUGAGCGGGAGUGUGAGUGAUCCCCAGAAACCAGCAGCAGGAUGGAGGAUCUCAAGGAGAAUCUGGGAACUUUGGAUUGACGCCCGGGGAUAACGCGCGGUCGGCCUGAACCUCAUCGGGUUUCUCGUGGAUUUAUAUAUUUGGAUGUUGUCUGUUUCUCCCUUUUCCCUUUUUCUUCUAGGCAGUGGGAAUUUACACUUGGCUUACAACUCCUAUUAUUUCUGGCGUGCAAAAUGCCAUUCGCCAAAAGGAUUGUGGAGCCACAGCUUCUGUGCAGGCACCAGAUCCCCAACGAUGAAGGUCUGCUUUUCGAGGACCUGUGUGCCAUCAGUAACGUGGUUCUGUCCCGGACCUUGCGACAGCUGUCCGACCUGGCCCGGCACGCCUGCUCCUUAUUUCAGGAGCUGGAAAACGACAUCAUUAGCACCAACCAGCGGGUCUGGGUCCUCCAGAACAAAAUAGGCCAGAUACAGCAGACUGCCAGUGCCCUAGACCCAAAAAAGGAGGCAGUGCCGGUGUCAAACCUGGAUAUAGAGAGCAAGCUGUCCCUUCACUAUCAGGCUCCAUGGCACCAGCAACACAACGUGUUUCAUCCUUGUACCCGACCACCAUGUCUGGAGGAGCUGCACAGAAGCGCGCAGCUAAGUCUCAGAGCCCUACACCGAGACGAACAACAGCACCACCGCUCCACGAGUCGGGAGAGAAACAGGGUGACCAUCUCUAUCUCAGUGGCGCCCCCUAUGCCCACCUUCCCCUCACCACACAGCAUCCGUCGGCAACAGAGGAGUCGCCUGGCACGAGCGCAAGAGAGAGCAGAGAGGGAGCGAGAGUUAGACUAUCAACCCAGGAAGGAGAGGACUGUAAGAGAAACAGAGAUCCAGACCAUACAGCGAAAAGAGAGGGCAGGAAGAGAAGCAGAUAUUCAGACGAUCCAAAGAAAGUUUGAGUGCUUUUACUCACUUCACCCUAUUGAAAGUUGCAUCUUCAUUCCAUGGAAUAGAAAGGCUACCUCUACAGGGGAAGGCGAAGGUGGUGAGGUCGUGGGAGGCCACAGAGCAAAGGCCUCAGCCCCCAACGUCCCCUCGACCCAGGAUAAACAGACAAACUGGUCUAAGGAAAACCACCCACCAUCAGAUCAGAAGUCAACUGCCGAUUCUCACUCCAUCUCCUCCUGCAUCAUCCCCAUAAACGUCACAGGAGUUGGGUUUGACAGGGAAGCAAGUGCUCGUUGCUCUCUAGUCCAUUCCCAGUCGGUUCUUCAGAGGAGAAGGAAGCUGAGGAGGAGGAAGACUAUCACAGGAAUACCCAAAAGAGUACAACAGGACAUGGACUCAGAUGAAUCACCCGUAGCAAGAGAGCGCACAGUGAUUGUCCAUGCCAACCCGCACCAACUCUCUCUCUGUCAGGAAGACCUCUUAAUCAGUGGUCGCCUCCAUCACACUCGUGACUCUGGCUGCCAGACAGAUGAUUUCCUUAUAGCAUGUACAGCUGCUCCCUCCAGAAGGCGCAUCAGAGCCCAACGUGGCCAUCAAGGAAUCCCUGCCUCUCUCUCCCAUUCAACAGGCAACAUUUCUUCCCUGGGUGACCAGUCAGACUCCACAUACACAAGUGCUGCAACCCAUGGUGGGCGCUUGCGCUCUCGUAGCCUUCCUCGAGAGGGUGGACGCCUGAUGGACAGUGACGAGGAUGAUGAUGACAAUUAUGAUGAUGAUGACGAAGACGAGGACUUGUCACCAUACGAAGCAGAGGACUUUAUUCCACCUGGCCCUAGUCCAAGAAUGAAGAUGAUGAUGAUGAAGGAUGAAGAGGAGAGCACAGAUGACCAGGCAGCUCCUGAGCCGCUGCAACUUGGUAGCUUGAAAAGGCUGCAGCGAUCUGGGGAGAGAGACAGAGGAGGUGGAGGAGGAGGGAGCCCGGAGCAUAGCUGGAUGGAGAGGGGCCGUUCUCGCUUGCCUCGCAAGGCUGAUAUGGGCAGCUGCGAGAUCUCAUCAAGUUCAGAUACUUUCAGCAGCCCUAUUCAUUCGGUUUCUACAACAGGAGUCCUCGGCAGCCAUGUGGACCACAAGGAGGACCACCAGUCAUCAAGCGGGAACUGGAGUGGCUCCAGCUCCACCUGCCCCUCUCAGACAUCUGAAACCAUUCCCCCACCUUCUUCUCCACCACUGACAGGCUCAUCCCACUGCGACUCUGAGCUGUCACUCAACACUGUGCCCAAUGCCAUUGAUGAGGGAUUCUCCCUGGAUCCAUCAUACCACUCGGACCUCAGACCCCAGGGCCAAGGCCACAGGUCAAGCUCGUUCACAUCCUCAGCCACAGACCAGCUGGACGAUGCAGGGGUCAGUACGGCCAGUGAGGGGGAGUGGACAUACCCUCCAGACCAAGACCAGACUGACCCGGACCCAGAUCCUGACCAACCUCAAAAUCUUAGCCGAGGCCAUGGUUUAGCCCAGGAGUACAGCUCCAAACAAGGUCUACAAACAUGUUAUAGUGGCAACAAGAGCAGCAACAGUGAAAAAGAGUCUGGCUCCCAUUACCCAUCUGAUACAGAGGGUUUCUAUUCCUCUUCUGUGCACUUUGGGGAGUGUAAUCAGAAUUACAAAGGAUACAUGUAUAACUAUGCAGACCCAGGGCCUGACUGUGGCCAAUCCAACACUGUGGCAGCACCACCGUCCCAUGGAGUUUACCCCCAGCCCUCAGCUGACUUCAAGUCAGGUACAAUGACCCUGGGAAGGACCUGUCGUCCGCUGAGGAAACCAAAAGUCAAACCUCCGCCACCUAAACGGACCUCCUCGCUGAAGGACACCUGUAGCGGUGUUGAUGUUGGAACGGACACACAGGCAGAUCAGGAUCAACCAAAGACAGUUAGUGAACAAGAGCUUACCUUGUCUUCCACAGAUAUGAAGCUGGAACUGGAGCUAGAGCUUGGAGGUGCUCCAGAACCAUUACAGACAUCCUGUCUAGUGGCAGAGCCUUUGGGAUCUUGGGGAAGGGGACUGGGUGAAACUGUGGACAUAGUGGAGCCCAUGUCCUUUAGCUCUGCAGAUACACACUCAUUUAAGGAUGAAGGUGCUGUGCAAUCUGACUAUGCAGACCUGUGGCUUCACAACACUGAGCUGAAGUCCAACAAUGGUGAAUACACAUCAAUGUCCAACUCAAGCACAGCCACAGGCACUACUGUCAUGGAGUGCAUCAAGUCACCAGACAGCUCUUCCUCCUCCACAGAAACCCAAACCCAGGCCCUUGCCCAACCUUCAGAGACUAGGGCAUCUAGCCCACCUCUCCCACCUGGAGACUUCAAACUUGGGUCACCUGAGAAGCUGGCCGGCCUGGCCUCACCAUCAAGUGGCUAUUCCAGCCAAUCAGAGACUCCAACAUCAACCUUGCCCUCAUCUUCGGCAGCGUUCUUUCCAGGACCACUGUCUCCCUCAACUGGCAAGAGAAAGCCCAAAGUGCCCGAGAGGAAGUCUUCUCUCUCUUCCCUGCAGCACUUCCCCAGAGAUGGAGCUUCCAUUUCCUCUGGCUAUAAGAGAGACCCAGACUUCCCACCUCCACCAUCUCAACUUGAUCUUAAUGUUCUUCAUGGUGGUUAUGUCAGACACACGCUAUCUCACCGGACACACCACAUGCACACGCUCCACCACAACAAACACAGAGUUGCAAAUGUUUUAGCCACUGGAACAAAGUUGUUGGCCCCAGAGGCAUCAAAUACCAACCCACCGCCCAGUUCAAACUCUGCUUUAACAAUUCCCAGUUCCAAUCUAUUGGUAAUAACUCCAUCUGCUCUUCGUUCAGUGCAGCUCCAUUCUAUUAGUCAACCUACAGAUAGUUCUACCACUGCAGACCAGGAAACAGCAAGCGGAGCAGAGACUGUAACAAGACCCAAAUGUCCUCCUAGUGGUUCUACUCUGGCUCCACCGCCUAUUAACACGAGGCCUCUCCCUCCGCGCAGGCCACCUCCUAGACCCCCGUGUCAUGAUCACACCUCCUCCCCUGAACACUCGCAACCACCUCCUCCUGGGCGCCACCCUGAUGGGCCUCCAUCCUAUGAAAGCCUGCUACUCAGACAGGACCGCUAUGGACCUGGAACCUUCUGGGCUAUGACAGCCUUCAGAACCCGGAUGGACCCAUCAUCAGAUCUCUCCGAGGACAGCUCACCCCUGCAUCGGCCUGUGCCACGUGCUCCCCACCCUUCGCCUGUGGAUCUACACACGCAUAUUCACUCACACACAGAGUUCAGAGGGCUCACGCACUCAGCUCAUGCACACCCUGAGUUUAGGGUUUUGGGGGAACGCUCAUUCUCCCAGGAUGAUGAUGAUGAUGAGGAUGAGGAGGAGGAAGAGGAAGAGCAGUUGAAAGAGCCACCAAGGGCUGCAUGUUCCAGAGGCGGCAUGCGAUCGGACCACCCUCCACCCCCAGCAUAUGAAUUUGCUGGGGUAUCUCACUCAGACUCAGGGCCCUGGGCUAGUCCAGUCAAAGUGCCUGGUACCACAAAGGAGACAUCGCAUCCUUACCUAAUCAGCGAUGCAAGGAAAGGAGGAUAUGAAGAGCAAGAAGAAGAAGAGGAAGUGACAUCAGGUGCUACCAGAAGUGCCCAUCAGCAGCAGCCACAGGAGAGCAAAGAUGACUCUACUACUCCUGACACUGAGGAUUACUUCAGUAAAGGGAUGUCUUGUGCUACAGAUUCCACACCAAGUGAUAAUUCGCUCUCCCCUCUGAUGGAUGACACCAAAGUGGAUGAAGACAUUAUUAUCACGUCACCCAACAAGACCCGCACGACUGAGGACCUGUUUGCCAUGAUACACAGAUCCAAGAGAAAGGUCCUGGGUCGUAAGGAUUCGGGAGACUUAAACGCAAAGUCUCGUCUCUGCCCUGCAGCACCAGUAACUCCUGUCACCACCGCCAUUAUCCCGCCAGCUCCUCCUCUCAACAUCCCAGCCCCAUUAGCCACUGCUGCCGGGUCACAACGAGCCCCUGUGCCAAUCUACCGCAGCGCCAAGAAAUCCAGCACGUCCAACGAGGAGUUUAAACUUCUGCUGCUGAAGAAAGGUAGCAGGUCUGAUUCCAGUUACCGCAUGUCAGCUACAGAGAUUCUGAAGAGCCCCAUCACCCCUAAAACCCCAGGGGACCCCCUUCAGGAAGGGGCCAUUAGACAGGCUGAGGAGCUACCCUCUACACUCCAAGAGCCCCACAUUUCUGGCUUGGAACCAAUCCAGAUACCAGGCCUUUUUCCCAGAGCCAAUUCUGAGAGUUUUACUCCCAAAACCCUGCCUAUGUCCGCUGCAUCCCGACAGGGACGUUCUCGGAUCCCCCCUGUAGCCAACAGCAGUCGAUAUAGUACACGCAGCCGCCUCUACACGGCCCCCAUGCAAGCCAUUUCCGAAGGGGAGACAGAGAACUCAGAUGGGAGCCCCCAUGAUGACAGAUCAUCCUAAAACCACCUGAAGAGAGAUGUCCUCUAUUCUCUGUGUCCUACAUUUCAAAUGCCCCCCUCUACUUUUCUAAUCUUGGAUAGGUGUCUCAUCAAGGCCAACAGUGUAAUUUUUCCAACACACAAAAUCUGACUGUUUCUAAAAUGCACCCAGUUUUGGAUCUACUAUUCUAAUGAAGGGUGUCAGACAGAGUGCUGUGAGAUACUGAAUCAUAAAGGGAUGAUUAUGAAAACUUUGAGGAUAUACCUAAAUACUGUAUUAUCAAAAGAAUAGCUCCCUCAUAGUUAAAAGAGCCAGACUUCAGACCUAUUUUGAUUGAACUGUCUUUUUAAAAAAAAUCUAAAGAAAAAAAAACAGUCCCAAAUGUUUGAAAUUAUGAUAAGAAAAGAAAUUUUGUGGAGUACGGACAACGUGUGUGUGCAUGAACGAGCACAUGCAACAUCCACUGAUAUUUCUACUACUUGUGUUUUGAAUGGCGUGGGUGCGUGUGUGUUGCUGAGGAACUGCUUUCUUAAUAAAAUUAAAAAUUCUUAUGAAAUUUAAUAUUCUUUAAACUUUUGGUGCCCAAAGCAUUGGCCAGACUUCCCAGAGUCCAUCCUCAAUAUUCCUGCCAACAAGCAAGGGUUGUUUCCUUGUGGAAGUUACUAACAACACAGCACCAACGUAUCUAUUAUAUUUCCAUCUGCAGACCUGGCAUAGAGAGUAUAUCACACAGAGCCAAUCAUAUAUUUCUUCACAUUAAUUAUAUCCAAAAAGAUAACAUGAUGCAUGUAUUUUUGUAAAACUGCGCCUCAGAACAUGAUGAUAAAGUUUCACCAUGUUGCAUGACCCUAUAUGGAAACAUCCCCUGGAUCCUGGUUUCUGUCGACAUUUUUGUGGUUCCUUUGUAUUAUAAGAAUGAUUAAUCUUUCACUGUGAAAGGUUUUAGUGACAUUUGUAUUACAUUUCCAGUGAUCUAAAUUGAUUUGUCUUGGAUUUGAGUGUCUAACAAGAAGGAGCAAGGGCUUGCGCCUAGAUGGGGCCCAUUUGUCAAGAUAGAGGCUAAUUUUGGACAAUCGCACAGUGGCCUUUCUCUACUAGAGGUGGGUGUAAGCGGGGCAUUUAUAAGUCCCUGCACAUACACAUGGACCUGCGCCAUGUUCCACCAGAAUUCAAUCACAUACGUACUUAAACCCAACCUUGAAAUCUAGUAUGUUUAGACUGAUGAAAGCUUUUCCAGCUGCUGGCCAGUCUUGCUGUGCUGACUUGAAGUGGAAAAGGUGCAUUUCAAAGCAGUUUUAAAUUAGAUACCAUUGAGUGCAGACGGUGAAAAUGCUUU